GGUGGGAUCUGGUGGUGGUCUGAUGGGAGUGGCCUCUCCUCUGGAGCUGCUUAAGCCUCUGGAGGGCUGCCCCUGCCCCCCCUCCCUCCUGUGUGGCCUCGCCAUCCUUAUCCAAUUAGCUGCAGCCUGCUGAUCCUCUUCCUGACCAGCUGCUGCCUCUCAGGAGGAAUCGGCUCAGAGGCAGGAAUGCUGUGGACCUGCGGAGCGCUGAGGCUCCAUCCAGCUCGCUCCAGCUCGCCUCGGUCAGCAGCCCGCCGCCAUGUCUACCCGGACUCUGCCGCUGGCGUUCAUCAACCUGGGCGGCGAGAUGCUCUACAUCCUGGACCAGCGCCUGCGCGCCCAAAACACGCCAGAGGACGGCGCGCAGAAAGCUGCAGGAGUUUGGUCUGACAACGACAGAAAAAGAGUCCUGAGUGACAUCGUGGGGACCAUGUUCAGCAAAGCCUUCAUGGACGAGCUGCUCCAACCCCAGCAGCUGUACUCCCACCGCACCAUGAAGACGGUGCUCACCAGGCUGGCCCACACCUCCAUCAUGAGGCUGAGCCCCCCCAGCAUGGAGCGGCUUUAUGAGCUGAUGAUCAUGGCUUUCAAAUAUCAGGUUUUCUUGUGUCCACGUCCAAAAGACCUGCUGCUGAUCUCCUACAACCACAUUGACGCCAUCAGAGAGCUGGUGAAAGACACCCCGGUGGUCCUGAACCAGGUGGACGAGACCCACAGGAGGGUCAUCGAGGUCUACUCGCCGCUAUCAGAGGGGGAGUUCCAGCUCCUCAGACAGACGCUGCUCAUCUUUUUCCAGGACCUUCACAUUCGCGUGUCCCUGUUCCUGAAGAACCAGACCCAGACCCCCACCGGGCGCUUCGUCCUGCCGGUUGCCGGCCCCGUUCCCCACGGCGUGGACGUCCCCGGGCUCAUACGGGUGUUUGACGCUCGGGGCCGAGAGCUGAGGCGCCGGGAGUUUCCGAGCGGGGGCAGCUACAGCAGCCCCGUGAGGGGGGGCUCCUUCGACCUGCGCGGGGACCGGAGCACCAGCCUGGGCCGGAACAUCUUCAGCCUGCAGCAUCCGGAGGAGACGCGAACGUGCAAAGCACCGCGCACUCAGGAUCCUGCCUGCAGCCUCACCUGCUUCUUCUGCCCCCAGCAGCCCAACGACACCCCCAACCCGCUGGCCAAGGAGGAGCUGAACCUGCUGGCCCGGCUGAUGGGCAGCGUGGGGGCCGGCCCGGCGGCAGGAGGGGAGGCCGGCUUCCGCCUCAGCCUGUUCCCCACAGAGCAGGAGGAGCAGGAGGCGGGCGCCGCAGGCGGGGGCCAGCUGGACGUGGUCAGCAUCCAGGCCAUGCAGGAUGAGCAGGCAGCCAAUGAGCUGGCUCGAAUCGCUGGACAGUUUGCAGAGGAAGAGGAGCCGCCUGCAGGCGGCGGCAGCAGCAAAGGAGACGACCUGCUGGCCCUGAUGGACGGCCUCUGAACCCAC